AUGAAUGCACAUGGAGUGCCGCAACAAGCCCCUUCCAGGCCUGAUGCCUUCCGAAACACCGCUGAAGCAUCUGCCACCUCUUCUGCGGCGAACGCAUCGAGACUUACUCCGACGUGUAAGAUCAUCGACAUCAGCGUGAAGUUCAAGCAAGAUCAUGCCGACGUGUAUGUCUUCGUGCAGGUCGACGCCGGCACGACUGUUCAGGAUGCCUUCGAUGCCAUCAACAGGAAGCUGCAAGGACCUCUACCCCGUAUCAGAGUCAAAACACUCACGUUCGAAGCACAGGAGGGCUAUCACUCCGACUGUAGAAAAGCAGUGUACCACAUCGAAGCUGGAGAUGCAGCCACCUGGAAAGUGUGCGUUUCGAUGUUCGUGGCGUCUGCUGAUGAGAUCAAUCUCCUCGCUCGGCUGAAGGUCUCCGAGUGGGAGGGGCAGAGGUGA